CAGGGUGCAGAACUGCUUCAGGCAUGCUAAGAAGCGCCCUGCUGCCCGUGGUGCUCGCACUCGUGCGUGCCCAACCUUUCCCCUGCCCCAAAACCUGCAAGUGUGUGGUCCGCGAUGCCGCGCAGUGCUCGGGCGGCAGUGUGGCUCACAUCGCUGAGCUAGGUCUGCCCACGAACCUCACACACAUCCUGCUCUUCCGAAUGGACCAGGGCAUAUUGCGGAACCACAGCUUCAGCGGCAUGACAGUCCUUCAGCGCCUGAUGCUCUCAGAUAGCCACAUUUCCGCCAUCGACUCCGGCACCUUCAAUGACCUGGUAAAACUGAAAACCCUCAGGUUGACUCGCAACAAAAUCUCUCAUCUUCCACGUGCGAUCCUGGAUAAGAUGGUGCUCUUGGAACAGCUGUUCUUGGACCACAAUGCACUAAGGGACCUUGACCAAAACCUGUUUCGGCAACUGCUUAACCUGCAGGAGCUCGGUUUGAACCAGAAUCGGCUCUCUUUUCUUCCUGCUAACCUUUUCUCGAGCCUGAGAAAGCUGAAGGUGUUGGAUUUAUCGCGAAACAGCCUGACCCACCUGCCCAAGGGAUUGCUUGGGGCGCAAGUUAAGCUUGAGAAACUGCUGCUCUAUUCAAACCAGCUCACGUCUGUGGAUUCGGGGCUGCUGGGCAACCUGGGCGCCCUGACUGAGCUGCGACUGGAGCAGAAUCACCUCCGCUCCAUCGCACCGGGUGCCUUCGACCGCCUCGGAAACCUGAGCUCCUUGUCUCUGUCCCGAAACCUACUGGAGUCUCUGCCGCCCGCGCUCUUCCUUCACGUGAGCAGCGUGACUCGGCUGACCCUGUUUGAGAACCCUCUGGAGGAGCUCCCGGAGGUGCUGUUCGGGGAGAUGGCGGGCCUGCGGGAGCUGUGGCUGAACGGCACCCACCUGAGCACGCUGCCCGCCGCCGCCUUCCGCAACCUGAGCGGCCUGCAGACGCUGGGGCUGACGCGGAACCCGCGCCUGAGCGCGCUCCCGCGCGGCGCGUUCCAGGGCCUGCCGGAGCUGCGCGUGCUCGCGCUGCACACCAACGCCCUGGCGGAGCUGCCCGACGACGCGCUGCGCGGCCUCGGGCGCCUGCGCCAGGUGUCGCUGCGCCACAACCGGCUGCGCGCCCUGCCCCGCACGCUCUUCCGCAACCUCAGCAGCCUCGAGAGCGUGCAGCUAGAGCACAACCAGCUGCAGACGCUGCCAGGAGACGUGUUCGCGGCUCUCCCCCGGCUGACCCAGGUCCUGCUGGGUCACAACCCCUGGCUCUGCGACUGUGGCCUGUGGCCCUUCCUCCAGUGGCUGCGGCAUCACCCGGACCUCCUGGGCCGAGACGAGCACCCGCAGUGCCGUGGCCCGGAGCCACGCGCCAGCCUGUCGUUCUGGGAGCUGCUGCAGGGUGACCCGUGGUGCCCGGAUCCUCGCGGCCUGCCUCUCGUCCCUCCAACGGAAGAUGCCCUGGAAGCCCCUGUUCCGUCAGGGCUGCCUAACAGCUGGCAUUCCUGGGCGAGGGCCCAGCUGGUGGCCAGGGGUGAAAGUCCUGAUAACAGGCCCUACUGGGGUCUUUAUAUUCUGCUUCUGGUAGCCCAGGCCAUCAUAGCCGCUUUCAUCGUGUUUGCCAUGAUUAAAAUCGGCCAGCUGUUUCGAACAUUAAUCAGAGAGAAGCUCUUGUUAGAGGCAAUGGGAAAAUCGUGUGACUAAUUAAACUGACCAGAGCAUCGUGGACGGGCCCUAAGGAAAAUCUAGUCAGGAUGCUGGCGUGCCAUUAUACUAUUUCUCAGGCCUUUUCUCCUCGCCCGUGCUCUUAGUGUCCCUUCUCCUCCCCCCUUCAGAAGUACCUUUUGUAAAUUGCUACUGCUUUCUAGCCUGGCCUGGGUUUCCUCCUCUGCUAUUAGUUUCAAGGGGGUUGGGGGUGAGGGGUAUGACGGGACUUGGCUCAUCCGGUCCAACUGUGCAGCGCUGGGUGCCUAGUGGAGAGAGGAGCUCUUUCUUGGUUUCUGAAUUUGAGGACAUAUCCUGCCAGUGGGCAAGACCUCUCCUGGACCCAGCAAGGGUUGAGUAACAUUUGCUGAAGGAAUACCGGUUUAAAACGAACCCUAGGUCCCAGAGAUGAAGGCUCUUCCCAGGAUAAAGCUGGAGUCUCCUUGUCUCUUUCUACCUGAAAGGA